AUGUCAACUACAGAGGCCCCACCUACUGAUUCGCCCGCUACGAGUACAACAGAUGCAAUGCAAGCGCGGGUCGAAAAACUACGGCAACUGCGUCAGCGAAUGGAACAAUCGUCUCGAGCUAACCGGAAAGACGUUAUCGCAGAAGCAAACCGAUCACAUGCCCAGGCUAUCGCACUGGGACAAAAGGCAGAGGCUGCCGAAGCUGGCGAAGACUUGGAGCGGAAACGUGCAUGGCAAUAUAGCAUCGAAGAUAACGAAAGAUGGGAUAAAAAACUCAAGCAGAAAGCGAGCAGAGGCAAUCAUGAAUUCACCGAUUACGAUGAUUAUGCAAGACGAAAAUAUAAAAAAGAUAUUGACAGCCUCAAACCCGAUUUAGUCAGCUACAACAAACAAAGAGCCGCUGCCACAGGUUCCGGGGCCUCGACUAGCUCAGCACUUGUCACUGGAUCAUCCACCUCGGUCAUCCAGCGAGCGGCUGCCGAGAACCUCUACAGAAACAUGGACAGUCUAGUCUACGCUGAUCAUCGACCCACUGAAGAGGCAGUUGAUCGCGUUGUCGGGAAACUUAAUCUUGAUAUCGACAAGAGGAGCAAACGUUCUCGUGUCAGGAAAGAGGAGGACGGCGAAAUUACUUACAUCAACGACAAGAACAAGGCGUUCAAUCAAAAGAUUGGCCGGUUUUACAACAAAUACACCGAGGAGAUCCGAGAAAAUAUCGAGCGAGGAACAGCUCUAUGA